UUCUUUACUUAUAGAAAAUAUUCUUUCUGGCAAUUCUCUCGAACGGCGGUAUUCUUGAAGAUGAUGGGACGUGUUGUAAGUAUCAAAAUUGCGCGAGAUCAAUAAGAUAUGAAUACAGAAGCGGCAGUCAUCAACUAUCGACCCACAUUAUGGUCAAUGUCCGGCAUUAGCGAAACGUUGUGCAAUCCAAUUCCUAUUCGACUACAAGAAUGUCAUGGAAAGAGGAUGUGGCAUACGCUAUGACUCCUAUCAAACUCUUGACUAUACCCUUGGGUGCUUGGCCCUUACAGGAGUACAACAAGUUCGCUUUAGCGCGUCAUAUCGUGUCUACUGUCGGAUUGGCUGUGACGGUGGUUGUUCAGUUUCUCGAACUCAAUUACACUUGCACCGGAGCGUACGCGCAGCUCGACGCUCUGACGCUCUUCACGUGCGGCAUACUCGCUGUAUUGAAGAUAACAUGGUUCCGCAUCUACGCCGAUAACCUGACUUGCAAUUACUCAUCUGCCAUGAGCGAUUAUCGCGCGAUCGACAGCGAGGAGAAGCGUGCUAUCAUGCGAAAACACGCUUUCCUGGGGAGAAUAAUCUGCAUUAUCGCCUUGUUGAUCUCUUACGUCGACUCGGUGAUUUUUAUCGUGGGCCACUCGGCAACGAGCACCAGGGAGUUCCGACUGAACUCAUCCAUCGAGGGCCUUCGGUCGGGAUACGCUAUCCCAUCAACGUGCACGUUAGCGCAUUUCUACAUCUCGAAAAACGUGUUCAUAGCGAUCUUCAUGUUGGAGAGUAUCCUAUUGGUAACCAUGUGUCUUGGCAAUCAUGGUAGCGACUCUUUAUUCCUUCAAAUUACGUUGCAUAUCUGCGGCCAAUUAAAAAUCCUGAAGACCGAAUUCAUUAAUUUUGAGAUUGAAGGCCCGAAAGUCUGCGAACGCUUCAACGCGUUAAUUCAGAGACACGAUCACCUGAUAAAAAUGUCGAGGAAACUCGCCGAAUCAAUCAGUUUCGUUUUGUUGGUGCAGCUCUUCAUCAGCAGCGUGCUUAUAUGCGUAUUAGGUGCAUACACUUACACUAAUUCAGUACUUACACAUUGACGGAAAGAGACAGGUAACUCUGCCACAAUCUAUAUUGGACAAAUGUGUGUUUUCGCAGGAUUUCAAUUUAUCAUAGCUCUGAAAACCAGCGACUUUGGUAUGAUGUCGAAAAGUGUCCUGGUACUCAGCGCCUUUCUCGCGCAGUUGACGCUAUACAGUAUGGUCGGCGACUACUUGAAGUCUCAAAUGGAAGAAGUCGCGCAGUCCGCCUAUCAGAACACUUGGUACGAUCUUCCCGCGAAGGCGACGAAAAACGUAACGUUCAUCCUGAUGUGGAGCCAGCUUCCGAUGAAGCUGCAAGCCGGGAAUUUCAUUGUGAUGGAUCUGCCCACUUACAUGAGCAUCUUGAAGACUUCUAUGUCGUAUCUGUCUGUGCUGCGCGUAAUGAUAGAGAACAGUUUCGAGAUGGAAGAUGUCAUACAACAUGUCAUACAAGCGCAUCCACUACGAAUGAAACGCAAGCGAGGAUCGCCGAUGAUCGACCCGUAUUACAGCCGCACACCGACAUUAGCGAGCACCGCGCAAAUAUCGUAUUAUUUGACUACAAUAAUGGAAUGGAAUGACGAUGUGGUAUACGCUUUGACUCCCCUCAAACUCUUAUCUAUGCCAUUAGGCUACUGGCCCCUGCAAGAAAAUAAUAUGUUCGAUCUACUGCGGUAUAGCCUGUGUGUCGCCAGUUUGGCUUGGGUGCUGAUCGGCCUCUGUAUCGAAAUAUCCUACAACUGUAUUGACUCGUACACGAAAAUCGACGCUCUUUUGAUCUUCACGUGCGCUUUACUGGCAUUGCUGAAGAUAACGUGGUUUCGUAUAUACGCCGACAACCUGAUUAGCAUCUUCAACUCCGCCAUCAACGAUUAUUUCGCGAUCGACAAUGAGGAGAAGCGCGAUAUUAUGCGACGGCACGCUUUUAUGGGCAGAGCGAUUUGCUAUAGCGUCGCAUGUGUCUCUUAUGUCGCCUCGCUGUUCUACAUGUCGUUGCCUCUACUGAUGACUGUUUCAGUAAACGGUUCCGUCGCAGGUUUCGAAAGGAAAUAUCCGAUCCCCUCGAUAUGUACCUUAGGGUCCUUGAACAUUUCGAUGACUUUGCACAUUGUGCUGUAUGCGAUGCAUAGUAUUGUGUUAAUCAUCAUUUGCUCUGGCAAUCUCGGCGGUGACUCCUUCUUCCUCGCGAUUACGUUGCAUGUCUGCGGACAAGUGGAACUACUGCGGUCCGAAUUUGCCAAUUUCGGUGUGAAAAGCUCGAAUUCAAACGAAGACUUUUCCAAGUUGGUGACGAGACAUCAUUAUCUGCUGGAUCAAGCGGUGCUGCUGACCGAAACGAUUAGCUUCGUAUUAGUGAUGCAAUUGUUCGUCAGUUGCGUUCUUAUUUGCGUAAUGGGUUUUCAAUUUAUCUUGGCAUUGAAAGUGGGCGACAUAAUCAUGAUAAUUAAAGCUGUGAUAGUACAGUGUGAUCUUUUGGCUCAGAUGUUUGCCUACAGCUACGUGGGAGAUUAUCUAAAGUAUCAAAUCGAGGAAAUUGCACAGUCAAUUUACUGCAGCAAUUGGUAUUUCUUAUCGGUUAAAUUGAUGAGGAGUACCAUUUUCGUCAUUGCACGGUCGCAGCAACCUAUUCAGCUGGCGGCUGGCAGAUUUCUCGCCGUAAACAUGGAGACAUUUAUGAGUAUAAUAAAAACCUCUCUCUCGUAUCUAUCCGUGUUACGUAUGAUGGUGAAAACGUAGAAUGGAGAUAACCGAUGAAAUACUUGAAAAGAUAAUUGCACAUCUAAGCAGUGUCACGAUUUUGCGAGUUCGGAAAGAAACAUAUUUUUGUCUAUAUAAUUAAAUUUUUGACAU